UCUCUGGUUAUACGCUUUAGUUAUGGUCAAUUAUAAAAAUGGAUUUACUGUAUACUGUCAACAGAAGAAGUUCUUCUAAAAUAUUUUCUAAUCAAGAAUGUUUAUACACCGGGCAGUCCUUAUGUUCCUUAUCCAGUCGAAAUAUAGUAGCAUUUACUACAAUGACAGAGUUAGAUGAUAAUAGUGGUAAAACACGGGGUUGCCAUGUUUAUGUAGCAGACUUGAAUAUGCCAUGGCAUGCUCAUAAAGUUUUGUCAAAUAAAAACAAUAUUACUGCAUUGGAAUGGGAUUUACCCGGUGACAAAUUGGUAAUGGCAGAUACAGCUGGAAAUGUGCAGUUGUGGAUGUUUAAGGAUCAUAUCUUAAAUGAUUGGGUGUUAGUGGGCUCUACAUAUUUCCCUGGUGAACAUAUAUUAGGUGCUGCAUGGUUCCAUAAUGGUAAAAAGACAGGAUUAGUAACGGAGAAAAAGGACAAUAUCCAUUAUAGCGAGAAAUUUAAUCAUCUGCUAUUUGCACCUUCAGUGAGGCAAUUUGGCGGCCGAGCCGCUGAAGGUGUGCUGGUAGUAUCGACGACGGGUAUGGUCGGCGCGAUUAUGAUUACGAAGGAUCUUCAAAAUCCGAUUUGUUAUUCUACAGAGAGUCUUGGCAAUACGAGACACAGGAUAACUGCUGUCGACUUGUGUUAUGGAAAAAACGGUCAUUUCCUCGUCGCAGUUAGCAGCGGUAGCAUCUGUUUGCCGAUAAGAUGCUACAGAGUGUUAGUUCGCAAAAAUGACGACAAAUGUACCAUCACCUCGCAAGCUUUACCAAGCUUCUUUUUGCAGGAUGGAGCACCCAAAGAUAAUUCGUGUACAAUUGUGACACAUUUAAAAUUUGUGGUCAGAGAAGACGCAGAUUCUUUGGUUAUCGCGGCAAAUAGCGAGAAUGGCGGUUUUGUAGAAGUGUGGGAGUUGCGAGAAAAGUCACAACCUGUUCACAAAUUGUUCCAACCACAAAGUCUGGAACCUUUCAAGACAGUUGUUUGGCAGUAUCAAUCGCAGUAUCGCUGCCAAUCGCCGGUUACGGCGAUAGCGACUACGAAACUAUCUAUAGUGACAACAUUGCCACCUCCAAGUUAUGUGAUAAUAGCAUUAGCGGAUUCAUCGGUGCAUUGUCUAAAUCGUUUGGAUUGUCUUAAGGAAGUAGCAUUUUCGUCCUUAAAUACAGGCUGGCGCCAAGAUGAACCUAGUAAUAAAUACUUCAAGAGCUCAGUCUCUAUUGCUCAUAUGGAUCUAUCAUGGUUGGGAUGUGUCCUUCUUGCGUGCGAUACUCAUGGCAAUCUGUAUCUUUACAAAUUGUUGCCAGAUGGUACUACAGGUACAUCGAUGUCAUUGAGCUAUGCCUGUACAUUGUUGGAGUAUUGUCUGGUAACAGGACUGGAUUGGUUAGAUAUACUUUUAUGCUUGAGAUCGUCUAUGAUCGAGGCGCUAUGCGAGAGAUUGGACAUGUCCUUCAAUAGGCAAUCACAACCUACUCAGCAGUAUCACUAUAUUCAAUUUUUAUGUAUCAAGACGUCAUUGUACAGAAUGCUCGGAACAAUAUCAGGACAGAAUAAAGCAGCAGACUUGUCAUCAUUACUGAUGAUACAUUCAGUAGCUACUGCCUUCAAAUCUCUAUUGAGGCCAUCAGAUCUGAUAUCCUAUGACAAAGGUCCAGCAGAGAACUUAACUGCAGUAAUAACAGAUGUCAUCACUGAUAAUACUGAUAACAUUGAUAAGGUAUUGUCAAUUUAUUUACCCGAUCCUAAAGAAUUUACAGUGGAGCCGAGCACACUGCAAUCAUUGCAACAACUUAUUCAAUGGGUUGCUGAUUUAGCUUUGAAUUUGCUGGCCAGAUUGCCUGAGCAAAGGAUGCAAGUAAAGACUGGUGGCUAUGAACUUCUUAAGGACCAUAAGGCCUUGAAUACCGUUCGGGAACUGCUGGUCAUCAUACGUAUUUGGGGAUUGCUUCGUCCAUCGUGUCUUCCAGUAUUUCUUCGUAGUACGGAUAAUUUAGAUGUUCUGGCUUUACUAUUUUGCUUGUUAUCAAAGUUGGUUCAACCUAAUGGAGAUCCACAACAACAACAACAGGUGGAUGAUAGCUUAAUCGAUGAAUGCUGUUUGCUACCAAACCAAAUCAUGAUUCCACAAUUGCAUCAAGGAAAUAGCAUAACCGCUAUAGUCUCACCAAUUUUAUUUUCUCAGAACCUUCCAUUACAGUUAGAAUAUGGAGUGGAACCCGAGCAGUUGGUUUUUACACCUGAAAUGAAUCCCGUUGAAGGUUGCAUGCACAGUGGGCAGAUUGUAGACACGAUACGACAUUUAUAUUUAGGAAAACAGCCGCUUUUAGUGAAACAAUGCACGAGAUGCGGUGGUAAGGCACAAGUACAGAAUAUGACAAGAACAGCUGCGAUUAGAGCCUGGGAUCAAAGAUGGACACGAGCCUGUCGAUGCGGUGGUAUCUGGCGAAUCCACAAAGCCUGUUGAUGAAGAUUGUCCAAAAAUCGUUAUUAUAGAGAUAAUAAUUUUAAUAUAUAUGUGAAAUUGCUUCAAAUAAUUCCUAAAUUGGAAGUUAUCAGUUUACCAGAGAGAGCAUUCCUUCGUUUGACUAUGUUGCUGUGAUGGUACUUAAAACUUCUUAAUCUCUUGCAGGAGUUAUUCUUUCUUAUACUACUGUCAACGAGAAACUUAUGUAAUUCGUUUUUUUCAACAUGUAAAAAUAGAGAAGGUGCACAAGGUAAAAUUAAUUAAUCAAACAAAAAUGAUGUGAACUAUUUUACUAAGUAUCAAAGAAAAAAAAAUUAGAGAGAGAAAAA